UCAUAAUGUAAUCAAUAGCAAAUCAUCUGCUUUGUGACUUAGCCGCUAACGCAUCUUACUAAUUCUAUACUAAUAUUUUGAACAUUCCCACGGGAUUCAAAUUUAGAGUAUAUAUAUUUAAAUAUGUGAUUUGAUAAAUAUGACUCAAGUGUUUAUUAAGUUAAAAAAAUAUUUGCAACUUUAACAAUAUUAUUUUUUUGGUUGUGACAUUUUAUCAAUUGUGGCUCACCUAACCGUCUCUUCUUUUUUUGAUAUCAUAUGUUUUUACAAUUAUAAUUAAUGAAUGUAAUUGUGGCAUCAAUAUCCCUUAUCAAAACUGUAUGAUUAUUACCCGACCCGAAAUAUGGGAAAGAAGUCCAGUAUAAAACUAUUUUCAAGGCCAGUGUUUAAAAUUUGACCUUAAAGUAUGGAUACUCUAGAUUAAGCAACAUGAGUUCAGUGGAAGAAAUCGAUAAAAAGUACAAUGUUAGACCUUUUAUAGAGGCCCAACCUUCUAAAGAAGACUUUGAAGUUAUCGAACUAGAGUCAAUUGAUUUGUCUUUGUUUAAAGAAGGACCUGAAUAUCUUGAGCAAAGACAAGAACUUGCCGAUAAGUUAGAACAAUCGCUUUCAACAUAUGGUUUCUUUUCAUUAGUAAAUCAUGGUAUUGAACAAGCUGAAUUUGAAAAGUUACGUUCCAUAGCUCAAUCAUUGUUGGAAUUGCCUGAAGAUGUUAAACGUCAAUACUUGGCAGGUGCUUUAACUUCUGAUGCAGAAGAUAGAUCCGUUUCUCUUGGUGCUGAAAGAGGAGCAGGGUUUAAACCAAGAGGAUACUGGUCAAUGAAAAAUGGUGUUACUGAUUCAAUUGAACAUUAUAAUUUCAGAGAUUUACAACAACAAGAUCUCUUUGAUGAAAAUAGACCAUACCCAGAAAUUGCCAGAGCUCAUUUACCAGAAGUUGCUAAAUAUUUCCGUUACUUACACUCUACUGUGUUAAGAAAAUUAACAAUUUUAUGUGAUAUAAUUUUACAAUUACCAGAAGGAUUUCUUUGGGAAAAUUAUUUUAAAGUUAUUACUGGUGAUAAACUUAAUUCGGGAUCAGGAUUUGGAAGAUUUAUGUUAUAUCAUGCCAUGAAAAGGGAUGAUGAAGAAAAAGUUGAUAAAACUUGGUUAAGAGGACAUUCAGAUGGUGGAGCUUUCACUUUUAUUACAUCUCAACCAAUUUUAUCAUUGCAAAUCAGAGAUUAUAAUACUGGUGAAUGGAAAUAUGUUGGUCAUACACCAGGUGGUUUGAUAGUGAAUAUAGGGGAUGCUUUAGAAUUUAUAACCGGUGGUUAUUUCAAAUCUUCCAUGCAUAGGGUUGUUUCUCCACCGGAUGAUCAAAGACAAUUCAAAAGAUUAGUCUUAAUUUAUUUUUGUGAUCCUAAAUUAACCUCAAUUAUUGAUCCAGAGCCACUUAAUUCACCUAAAUUAAAGAGUCUUGGUUAUAAUAAACCAAAAGAAUGGGAAAAGAUCACUUUUCAACAAUGGGAUGAAGAAAAGGGUAGAUUAUUUGGGAAAAAGGAUGUUAAUGAUAGUAAGGGAGAUGAUCCUAACUUAGUGUUAUUGUAUGGACGUAAAGCAGAAGGGCCAUUCUCACUUGAAGAUGCAAAAAGAAAAUCUAAUUCUAUUAAAGUCUAACAUAUAUAUAAUCUAAGUUUAUAAGA